AUGUGCUCAAUUAACUACCAUUAUCAAGUGUUUGAACCAUAUAGUUUAAUUUGUUGUUGUGUAUCGAGAUCGUCCGACCAAAUUCACUCAAAUUCCUCACGUUCCGGAGGAUACAGUUUGGUUAUCGGGUAUCGAGACUGUCCGACCAAAUUCACUCAAAUUCCUCACGUUCCGGAGGAUACCGUUUGGUUAUCGGGUAUCGAGACUGUCCGACCAAAUUCACUCAAAUUUCUCACGUUCCGGAGGAUACAGUUUGGUUAUCGGGUAUUGGGUAUCGGGUAUCGAGAUUGUCCGACCAAAUUCACUCAAAUUCCUCACGUUCCGGAGGAUACAGUUUGGAUAUCGGGUAUCGAGAUUGUCCGACCAAAUUCACUCAAAUUCCUCACGUUCCGGAGGAUACAGUUUGGUUAUCGGGUAUUGGGUAUCGGGUAA